AUGGCCGAUCUCGAGAAUGAUGAGGUCAAUCGUCAACUUUGUGCCAUUACAACAGACGAAAUGUUCGAGUGCUGGUCGCCAGAGACGCAAGAGCAGAUUCUGGCUGAAUGGGACGACUGGCAAGAAGAAUCGGAGAAGUCGGGGUUAUGUUGUGAUGAAUGUGGUAAGACGUUUAAACGGGCAGGUAAUCUGAAACGGCACAAGAAAACUCACAGCGAGAAAGAAUACGAGUGUUCGCGUUGCCACAAGAAAUUUGACCGAAUGGUAUGUAGAGUUUGUAUUGAUAUAUAAACUAUAACAAGUAUAUGUAUAGACAUUGUGUAAUACGUGUAAAUAUACGCUGUUUGCUAAUAUUAUACUCCAUAUUCUUUUAAGGACAAUCUGAAACGUCACUUGAAAACUCACAGCGAGAAUGAAUACGAGUGUUCGCGUUGUGACAAGAAAUUUGA